UCACCAAAUCCAGCGGCAGCUUGUGGAUCAGCACCUAUUGUUGGCUUUAGUAAGGCUGAGAAAGAUGAAAUAGUAAGCACGCACAACCGAUUGAGACGAAAAGUCGCAUCAGGCCAGGAAACCAGAGGAGCUCCAGGUCCACAACCUGCGGCAGUUAGCAUGCCAGACUUAAUAAGAUAUAAUAUUACUUGGGAUGACGAAAUAGCGACGAUUGCACAAAGAUGGGCCAAUCAAUGUAAUUACGGUCAUGACAAAUGCAGAAAUGUGGAUAGAUUUCAUGUUAAUCAGAACAUAGCCAAAUCUUCCACUACGGGCAAACUGUCCGAUAAUUUGUCAGAAAUGAUUAAAAAUCAAUGGUACGAUGAAGUAGCUAAGUUUAAUAGAAAUCGAGUGGGCCCAUAUAA